UGUCAUUCAGAAUGGUAACUAGCACCAACACCAUGUUUUUAAGGAUAAGUACUUUAUUUAGUUUGAUUGCAUAUACACAAUGUGCUUCGAACUACACUUUUUCUCCGGAUUUUAUGUUUGGAACUGCAACAUCCUCCUAUCAAAUUGAAGGAGCUUGGAAUGAAUCAGGAAAGGGCGAAAACAUUUGGGAUUACAUAACCCACAACAGUCCCGACUAUGUUUAUGACAGAACUAAUGGAGAUAUUGCUUGUGACUCCUAUCACAAAUAUGAGGAAGAUAUUGCGCUCCUUAAAGACUUAGGAGUUGACUUUUAUAGAUUUUCUGUAUCAUGGAACCGGAUCUUUCCGAAUGGUUAUCCACACAAUCCGAAUCAAGAAGGAAUCACAUACUACAGCAACCUUAUUGAUGCGCUUAUCGCUCAAAAUAUAACACCCAUGUUAAAUAUUUACCAUUGGGAUCUUCCUCAACGUCUUCAAGAAUUGGGUGGUUGGACAAAUUCAUAUAUGGUAACAUUGUUUACGGAAUAUGCAAGAAUUCUUUUGGACAAUUAUUCUGACCGCAUUGACUAUUGGAUCACAUUCAAUGAGCCACUUUCAAUAUGUAGUCAAGGUUAUGGAGCUGAUGGAUUUGCUCCAGCAUUAAGCAUGUCAGGUAGAGCUGAUUACCUAUGCGCCCACAACUUAUUAAAAUCUCAUGCCGCAGUUUAUCAUCUUUUCAAUAAUACUUACAGAGCCAGAAAUAAUGCCUUAAUGGGUAUCGUUUUGAACUCCGCCUGGUAUGAACCUAGCAGGCCUGAAGAACAAGAAGCGUCUGAAAGAGCUCUACAAUUCCUGUUAGGUUGGUUCGCAAAUCCAAUUUUCUCUACAACCGGUGAUUAUCCACAAGUAAUGAAAGAGUACAUUGGUAAUCGAAGUGCUAUUCAAGGCUUCUCUAGAUCUAGACUUCCUCAAUUCACUUCGGAUGAAAUUGAAUACAUUAGAGGAACGUCAGAUUUCUUUGGAAUAAAUCAUUAUAGCACUGCAUUGGUGGAAUAUUCACCAGCAACUGACAAUGUAGUUUCAAACAACAACGACAUGGAAAUAGUAAUGUUCCGUAAUUCUAGUUGGCCAAUAGAUGCAGCCGGUAGAGACCCUAUUGUUCCAUGGGGUAUCCGGAAGCUUUUAGCGUGGAUUAAGAACACAUAUAACAGCCCCAGUAUUCACAUUACAGAAAAUGGUUGUCCAGAUAAUGGAGGGUUGGAUGAUGACGUUAGAGUAUCUUACUAUGGGUCAUAUCUUGAAGCAGUUCUGGAAGCUAUCAACGAAGACAACGUGGAUGUACGAAGCUAUGUUGCUUGGAGUCUAAUGGACAAUUUUGAAUGGAGGUUUGGAUACACAUACCGAUACGGAAUUCAUUUCGUCAAUUUUACUGACCCCGAUCGUCCGAGAACAGCAAAACGAUCAGCUACUUUUUAUAAAAAUGUCAUCUCCAGCAGGGUUGUUGGGGACUACCCUCCACUCUCGUAAAUUAUAUUGACUGUUGACUGGGAAUAUCUGUUUGUAAUUUGUUCUAAUAAUAAUCUCUAAUAAUAAUCGUUGAAAUUCGUUUUAA